GUGGAGGAAUAUAGCAAUGACUAUUAAAGUAAAAGGAUCAGUUGUUCCUAGCAAAAUUCUCUCGUUAAUGUAAAGAAUAAGAUGUUUGGAAUUCGAGUCCUUUCGACUAUAUAUAUUUUCACCCAUGUGAGUCGAUGGAGAUUAUUUUAUUAUGUAGUUAUUUUUAUCUGAAUUUUCUAAUCAAUCAAAAAAAUUGGAGGAUUAGCUGCCCUAUAGCAAAAUUCCACUGUAUGAUAUAAGUGUGAAAGCAUUAGAUUCCUCUUUGAACGUUUUCUUUAUUCUGUGUUUUUUUUAUCUCCUUUUUCCAAUCAAAUCCCACUUGAGUAAAAUAGUUAUCCAACACAACAGAUUAUUAUUUUCCCAAGUAGAUCUGAUCUGCCUCUUCCUUUCGCUAUCCUCCACACAUCAACUACCUAUUUUCUUUUUUUUUUAUUAAUUAUUUUUUAUUAUUUUACAGCUCAGCUAAUUUAUUCCCAUUAUAAAUAUCAACCUCUGUGGGCGUGUGCCCUCCACACUCUUCUAUAUCCAAAACCUCAUAGUUCUCUGCUUCUUUCUUUUAUCUUUCAUUUCCUUAUGGCAGCCCUUCAAGAACUUAACCAUCUCUCCUCUUUUAAAGAAACUAAAGAUCUUGAUAACCAAACGACGCAAGAUCCUAAAGAAUUGACCAAUCUUUAUAACCAAACUACAAAACCUUUUAAAGAAAAUGAUGUUGAGAACCAAACAACAACAGAAUCAGAGGAAAUGGAGGUGGUCGUCGACUACUCCAAAAGGGCACAGUGGCUACGAGCCGCAGUGCUCGGUGCAAAUGAUGGUCUGCUUUCUACAUCUUCAUUAAUGAUGGGUGUAGGAGCUGUACGUAAAGACCCUAAAACCAUGGUCCUUACCGGCAUCGCCGGCUUAGUUGCCGGUGCAUGUAGUAUGGCUCUCGGAGAAUUUGUUUCUGUUUACUCACAAUACGACACCGAAUUGGCUCAACUAAAAAGAGAGAUCAAAUCAGGAAAUAUGCAGACUUGUGAUAUUGAAGCAAAGAAACAAGAUUUGCCAAGUCCAUUACAAGCCGCCGCGGCUUCAGCCUUUGCUUUUGCCGUAGGGGCGGUGAUACCGCUGCUCGGGGCGGCUUUUGUGGUGGAUUAUGUUGUUAGGAUUGGGGUGGUGAUAGGUAUAGCAAGCCUUGCAUUGGUAGGGUUUGGAUGGCUUGGUGCAGUAUUGGGGCAUGCAAAUGUGAUUAGAUCUUGUUUUAGGGUUUUGAUUGGAGGAUGGUUGGCUAUGGGAAUAACUUUUGGCCUCACUAAAGCUAUUGGGAGCACAGGACUUUGAUUAUCUCUAUAAUUAAAUACUUUUUCGAACUAUUAAUCUCGGCAUGAGAUAAUAUUCAAGUAAAAUUCUCGAACUAUUAAUCUCAUAGAUAAAAUUUAUAUUUAGAAUACAAUCGACUUCCAUCGAUUCAACUGCUAUUUCAUAGAAACAAGUACAUGUUUUAGAUCUUAUUUAUGUGUUUUGCUUUGAUUUUCUUUUUUCGAACACUUUGAUUGUAAGAUGAGUUGUUGUUAGCAAUUUUACUUUAGAUUGGAUUC